AUGUCUGAUAAAGAAGUUAAAACUGAUGAAAAUCAAGAAAAAGUACCACAAGAUGGAGACGUUAAACCAGCCGAAAAUGGGGAAGCAACUGAAGAUAAAGUCACCGAAAAACCGCCCAAGGAAAUGCGUGCAGUCGUGCUAACAAAUUUUGGUGGACUCAAAUCUGUCAAAAUUCUUAAAAAACCUGAACCUACUCUCGCAGCUGGCGAAGUUUUAAUUCAAGUUAAAGCAUGCGGUUUAAAUUUUCAAGAUCUUAUGGUACGAGUGGGAGCCAUUGAUGCACCCCCAAAAACUCCAUUUAUUUUGGGCUUGGAAUGUGCGGGGCAAAUAAUCGAAGUGGGAGAAAAUGUCGAAGGAUUUCAGGUUGGAGAUCGCGUGGUUGCUUUACCUGAAUAUCGUGCGUGGGCGGAAGUGGUAGCUGUACCGGCCAAAUACGUUUUCAAAAUUCCAAAUGAAAUGUCUUUUGCGGAUGCGGCAGCCAUAACGAUGAAUUACAUAGUAGCUUACAUAUUGGUUUUCGAAUUGGGAAAUAUAAAGCCGGGGAAAAAAGUUCUUUUGCAUUCGGCCGGAGGAGCCGUGGGUCAAUCGAUUGUGCAACUUUGUCGUACCAUUCAAGAUGUAAAACUUUUUGGUGUGGCUUCAAAAGGGAAACACGAAUCCCUUAAGGAUAGCAUCGAUCAUCUUUUGGAAAGAGGAACGGAUUAUGUCGCCGAAAUAAGAAAGGUGUCACCUGAUGGAGUCGAUGUCAUAUUCGAUUGUAAUUGCGGUGACGAAUGUAAUCGUGGAUACAAUUUAUUGAGACCCAUGGGAAAGUACAUACUCUUCGGUUCGUCCAACUACGUUACCGGAGAGACGAAGGGAUUGUUUAGCGCUGCCAAAUCGUGGUGGCAAGUAGGGAAAACGUCUCCGAUAAAAUUAUUUUACGAAAAUAAAAAUCUCGGAGGAUUGAACUUGCGUCAUCUUUUGUACCAGCAAGAUGGAGCGUCUUACGUUGCGGAAAUCGCUCAAAAAGUUUUCGAUUUGUGGAAGGAAAAUAAAAUUAAACCCGUCGUCGAUUCGACUUGGGCAUUGGAAGAUGUUUCGGAAGCCAUGCAAAAACUUCACGAUCGCAAAAACGUUGGUAAACUUCUUUUAGAUCCGGCAAUGGAGCCAAAGCCGAAACCUGCUACUCCUCUCAAAGGAAAAAAAGGAAAUUCUAUUGAAAAAGAAGAAAAAAAGAAAGAAGAUGAGGGAGUGAACGGAGUUGCCGAGCAGCAAUCUCAAGGGGAUGGAAAAGAAAACAACAGCAGUUGA